GGAGACGGAGCCGUCGGUGCCGCUUCCAGGAGAACGGCCGCCUCUUCCCAGCAGAGCAGGUGAGGCCGAGCGGGGCAGAGCGCGUCCCCCUGUCCUUCCUUACCCCGUGGCAGCGCGGGCACGGCGUUCCCAUUUCCCAUCUUCCCAUUUUGGAGAUCCCCCAGUUGGCACGGGCUGGCCCCUCUGUAAAUCUCUACUUGCUUUACCGCCGGGACCAACUCCCUUUUCCCAUUGCUCGUGUACCCCGUUCAGCCUCUUUAACUGCAGGGAGGUUAGACAGUAAGCAGACGUGCUGCUGCUGCCGCUGCUUGCCUCAGCUGCUUCGGGGAAGGUCCUUUAAUUACAGUGUUAUUGGUGACAUUUCUUUAUGGAGAGCUCAGCGUGUGUGGCAUGGACGCUGGUGGGUGACAGCUGGGGGUCUUUGCUUUGUCCAAACACGCACUAACGGCAGCGCUGCCGUCCCGCGCAGCAGCAGGAAUGGAGCACUGCGGAAUGCCCACCGGUUCUGCUUCAGGGAGGACGGCGGCUGCGCAGAGGACACGCACUGCAGUCUCCCUGUGUCUCUGGGGGCUGGGAUCAGUGUUUGAACCGAAGGGCCGGGCCGGAGGGUCGUCCAUUUCAGACACCGAGACGUGAACGUUUUUCGGGAUGGUUUAUAAUUGCAGGGAGAGCAUUUGGCGUACAUUUCUCAUCCGGGAGACAGAAUUUGGCUUUGGCAGUUUGGCACGCAACGAUUUGUUCCGUUCCAUUUUCCCCUGGAAAUCUUAACUCUUUGCUGUUGUCACAGAGUUAUCUGAGACCGUGACAAGGGGGUCACAGGCCCGAAAAAAAGAAAGAGGCACAAAAGGGCGAAGAAAAAAGGAAGGGCUACCAGCAAUGAGCCGUACGAUCCGGCCGGCCCCGGCCUCACAGCAGGGCGCACUGCGGGCUGCGCUCCGGGAGAGGAAUGCCCGGGGCUGAUGUUUUUUGUUUGUUUGUUUUUUGCAGGAUUGAUUACUCCACUUUCAGACUUUUUUUUUUUCUUUUUUUUUUUGCAGUACUUUAGAUUUUGUUUUGCUUUAGUUUCUGUUCCCCGUUCCUAUUUAUUUCAGUUCUCCUUCGCUUCAUAUGCAACUUCCAGACUUGGCAUUUUGCAGAUAACACCUCUCUCUUUUCAUCCUUGUGUGGCCCCUAAUGAUUUUUGUCAUGGAUGGCUCCAAAUUCAAUAUACACUCCUAAGGGAGAUGCAGGACAAUUUAUUGAUGUAAUACAGAUACGCUGUAGUGAUUUAACAGUGACUUGACAGGAUUGGAGAUGGCUGAAUACACGUGGUUAUUUGCUGCAUAGAGGGUAGGGUUAAACACACACCUAUAGGCGUCCCUCUCCUUCAGUCACGAGGCUCAGCGUCGACCUCCUUGCUUUCUAAAUUCCUAGAAGCACAAAGAAAAUCAGUAUUGGCAAGACAUCGUGACGUCAAGUUACAAGGGAUCUCUGUGCAGGUGUGACCUCGUGAAGCAUCUCUAGUCAAAGGAAGAUUCUGUUGUGAAAGAGAGCUCAAGGGGCAUUUGGGCUGCUGUCUGUUUUGGGGCUCCAGUUCAACUUCUGGCUUCCAGCCACGAUCAUCCCAGCCUGCAGGAGAGCAGCAAAUGGCCUCAGCACAUCCAGCUCGGGAGCCCGUGAGCUUUGUGGAGGUGGCCGUGUAUUUCAGCAGGGAGGAGUGGGCGCUGCUGGACCCUGCGCAGCGAGCGCUGUACCGGGACGUGAUGCUGGAGACGUAUGAGUCUGUGGCCUCUCUGGGUCCGUUCCCAGCCCCCAAGCCUGUGGUGAUCUCCCUACUUGAAGGAGGGGAUGACCCCUGGAUCCCAGAUGUGCACAGCCCUGAGGCAGUAUCAGGAGACCUCAGCCCAGCAGGAGCUGAGAUCACAAAUAUAAAGGCGGAUCUGCAGAAAAGCGGUGUGGCGGGAAGGCAGAGCAGCCGUGUCUCAGUGGGAAGAAUCAGAAGGGAUGUCCAGGGGUGCCUGGAGGAAGGAGAGCACUUCAAGAAGCCACUGGGAAGCCAUCUGGGAAGGAGGCUGAGGAACCCUCUGGACUUCAGCACAGGUCAAAAGCAGACUGAAGAUCCAAGGAGCAAGGAAGCGUGCCACAAGAAGCAGCUGAAUCCACGUGUUUUGUGUAGGAAAAACUUUAAAAGGUAUUCCAACCUUGUUAAUCACCAGCGUGUGCGCUCUGGGGAGAGCUGGUACAAGUGCUCUGAUUGUGGAAGGAGCUUCAGAUGGAAAUCCAAACUCACCCAGCAUCAGCGCACUCACACAGGAGAGAGACCCUUUAAGUGUCUUGAGUGUGAGAAGAGCUUCAAAAGGACUUUCCAGCUCACUUUGCACCAACGUGUCCACACAGGAGAGAGGCCCUUUAAGUGCUCUGAGUGUGGGAAGAGCUUCAAAAGCCGUUCUGAACUGAACCUCCACCAGCGAAUCCACACAGGAGAGAGCCCCUUUAAGUGCUCAGAGUGUGGGAAGGGCUUCAAAAGCAGUUCCAACCUCAGAGUACAUCAGCGCAUCCACACAGGAGAGAGACCCUACAAGUGCCCUGAGUGUGGGUGGAGCUUCAAAAGGAGUUCCCAGCUUGCUUUCCACCAGCGCAUCCACACAGGAGAGAGACCCUUUAAGUGCUCUCAGUGUGGGAAGAGCUUCAAAAGGAGUUCCCACCUCACCUACCACCAGCGCGUCCACACAGGAGAGAGACCCUUUAAGUGCUCUGAGUGUGGGAAGAGCUUUAAAAGCAGUUCCAACCUCGGAAUACACCAGCGCAUCCACACAGGGGUGAAACCCUUUAAGUGCUCUGAGUGUAGGAAGUGCUUCAAAAGCAGUUCUGAAUUGAAGCAGCACCAGCGCAUCCACACAGGAGAGAAAUCCUUUAAGUGCCUUGAGUGUGGGAAGAGCUUCAGAAGCCGUUCAAACCUCACAGUACACGAGCGCGUCCACACAGGAGAGAGACCCUUUAAGUGUCGUGACUGUGGGAAGAGGUUUAAAAGCAGUUCCAAUCUUGGAAUACACCGGCGCAUCCACACAGGGGUGAAACCCUUUAAGUGCCCUGAGUGUGGAAUAAGCUUCAAAAGCCGUUGUCACUUGAAGCAGCACCAGCGCAUCCACACAGGAGAGAAAUCCUUUAAGUGUCUUGAGUGUGGGAAGAGCUUCAGAAGCCGUUCUAAUCUCAACUCCCACAUGAACGUCCACAAAGUAAGCAGACUUUAGAAGUGCCCUAAUUUUGUGAGAACCUUCAAAAGCACUUCCAGCCUUCUUACCUACCAGCACAUCCAUGCAGGAGACAGAGCCUGCAGUGCUCCAGACAUGGGAAGAGCUUCAGCCAGAGCCCCAGUCUUGUCACUCACCUGUGGCUUUGUGCGGUGAUGAACCUUACAAAUCACUUGAGCAAAGGAAGAGCUCUGGGGCCAAACUAAAUUCUGUUUCCCCUUACUUACGUGGGAAUUACCCCUAUUGCUCUCUUUCAGCUGCAGACAGGGUGUUGAGUGGACAUGCAAAGGAGAAUCCAGAGCACAGCCAUGGGAAACCCUCUGCCUGGUAUGUUGUGAUUUUGUGAUUUUUGUUGUCAGUAUUCCACAUCAGAACAUCAUGUGAACCAGUGGGAGUUAAAGCAUUAAUGUUCCGGUUCUGUUUACUGCCUCUUAUGGGCAUUUUGGGUAUUUUCAUGGGAGGGGUGGCAUCCCUGGAGGUCUUGGCGCAGAGAGGAAGUGAGGUGGAGCUCUGGACAGGACCCCGUCCGUCUCUCUCUCCCUCGGAGCCGGCUCAGCUCGCUGCAGAGAAGGGCACAUGUUUCCCUCACGCUUUGGGUACUCUUCUCUCUCAUUUGGUUUGAUUUUGUUGGAUUUAGUAAAUUACUAUUCCUCCUCAGGUCAUUGUCGUUGUGUUUCUUCUGUUGGACCCAUCUACUGGCUCUCUGCCCUUUACCCUCUCCCGAAGUGUGGCCUGUGGUGGCUGCUGGUACUCCUCUGUCAUGGUCUUAGAUCUAGGGGUAACUUCCAUGACAAGGUGGUACAUUUCUUCCAGAGCUGUGUGCAGGGAGGUGCCCAGAGAAGUCACCUCUCACCUCCUCCAGAGAAUCCCAUCUUCUGUGAGCCGGCAGGUGAGUACCCAAAGCAAACCUCAGAUGGGCCGAUAUGUCGAUAUGUCACCGGGGAAAUCUGUCUGCAGGGAGCGUGGGAAGAGCUUCAGCUGAAGCUCACCCUGAGUAGGCCCCAGUGUUUCUCCUGCAGGAUGAGUUUCUUUCAGGGCUGUCGCCUCAUUUCUCAUGGGAAACCCCCACUGGAGAGGGUUUAUGUCCCUUACUACCUUUGGUCAAAGUGGGUGGUAGAAAGAGCAAAAGGUGGAGCGUCAGAAACUCCUGUUAGUGCUUCUCCAACUGAGAAGUGAAACUGCUCAACAACAUUACCAUCAAACCAGGCAUGAUGGUCAAAUUACUUUGUAUUGAUACUGUGCUUACAAUCUUUAACUGAAGUUUGUAGCCCACUUACCUGAACAGUAAUGAAGUUAAACAUUAAAAUUAAGUAUAAUAAGUUUAUCCUUCUGUUUAAUGGAGUAACCUGUUUGGAAUUCCCCUCCAAGAUGAGUCUCUGUCUUCUUUUACAGCACCACACAGGAUGACAAAUUGAAAUGCUUCCGUUGACGUCUCUAAUGAUGUUACUACUGUUGUUGCAGAGACUGGAUUCUUUAGCUCAGUGUGCCAGGAGCUGAUUUGCUCAUAGAGGCUUGAGAUAGUUAUUUCAUUUCUGCACAGAGAUCAGUGCUGAGUGGUUCAUGCACAAGGCCUUCUCCGUGGUACAGAAUUUCUUUUGUGGACCAGGAAUGCAGGAUUGCCUUAUGUCUGAGUUUACUGACAGCACUUACCUACUCUUUGAAGACGUCGUGCUUUCCGCUGUCAGUUCUGCUUUCUGUGGCUGAUGCUCAGAGCUGAUGCUAUUUACAGCUGGUACAUUCUAUACAACUCCUCUUUGUACCAGGAUGCAUCCUCUUUUCUGGCUUAAGGAAGUGUGUAUCCUUGAAAUGUAAGGAGUACACCUUUAAGUAAUGGCAGUGGGUGAAAACUCAUUGUAUUUCACUUAUUCACUGCUUCCCAGGUAUCUUCAGUAGUUGAAAUUUUAAAGAACAGUCAACAACAAAAGGCUAUCUUUGAUGUUGAGAUAUGUGACCAGUUGCCUGUGUUCUUGUCUUGGAGACAUCAUUUAACACAUGAUUGAUGGGACAGCUGCUUUAUUCUGGGGAAGAAGUUUGUGUCAAGCACUGGUUGUGUUAGUGUGCAGUAAGGACAGAAAGUAACUAUAUAUAGGAAAGGGAUGUUACAUUGCACAGAAGGGUAAGAUGAUAAGUAGCCCAGAAGAUGGACAUUGAUUGGGAAACUUUGUGGAUUUUUGUUUUGCUUCAGAACAGAUUUAAAGAGAGAGUGUGUACGGUGGCCUGGAAUAAGGAAAUUGUAUUUCUCCUGGAGAGAGAAAUCAGAGGUGCCGGAUCAAAACAGAGUUAAGGGGAGUACUAUUGUCACAGAGUUAUCUAGAUCAAUCCGUGUCUGUGACAGGGGGCAGCAAGCCUGAGGGCCCACCAGUCCAAAAAGAAAAAAAGAGAAAGGGAAAAGUGGGAAGGUAUGGAGAUGGGAGCUGGGCCCCAAAAAACAGAACUGUGGCAGUGAUCUAAGGAGGAAACUUAAUUUUACUAAAUAUGAUAUUGGAUUGCUAGAUAACAAUAUAAUACAUUAUAAAUGGAAUUGAGGCUAAUUAAAUAAAAUGAGAGAGAGAGUGUCCGAAACCGGAAAGCCUACUUUGAACUGAAGGCACACAGCUGGGGAGCACACCCACACACUGCCAGGUAGCGAGCAAGAGAGCCAAAGAGCCGGAUUCCAUGACUUCCUCCCGUGGCUUAUCUUCCUCUCUGACCAUGAGGUCCCCUUGGGAUAUGUAGUUCUUCUUCUCUUCUGAGAUCCAGGUAUCCAGAAAGUUGUCAGUUCACGGAACUGGAAUAUUUAAUUUAAUUUAAUUCCCUGUGCUUUACAUAAUGUUAUGAUGUGGAAUACCGAUAACAAGAAUCAUCAAAUCAUGACAACUAUUAAAAGGAAAAUAAAAUGUUUUCCAUUAUCUUUGUGGGAAAAUGCUUUAAUGGUACCAAUUUGUCAUGAAGUUAUCUCUAGAUCUGUCUGUGUCCGUGACAGGGACAGCAGGCCCACUGGCCCAGAAAAGGGGAGGGGAGGUCAUCGAUGGUUUACAGGCUGGUUCAGCCUGGUACUGUGACUAACGGGACAGGGGAUCUACAGAUCUACACCAAGGGAAAGGGGAAGGGUAGGGAGAUGGGAGAUGGGCCUAAAAACAGAACAGUAGCAACGAUCUGAGGAGGAAAGUUAAUUUACUGAAUAUGAUAUCAGAAUGUGAGAUAACAUGCUAUAAUACAAUAUAUAAUUGGAAUUGAGAGAGAGAGAGAAUUCUGUGACUUGCCAGCUUUAUCUUCCCCUCUGAACGCAAAGUCCUCUGGGGUAUAUAGUUCUCUUCUGAGAGCCAGGUAUUCAGAAAACCUGCAGUCCACAGAAGUGGGGCAUUAACUCUUUAACUCCCAGUGCUUUACAUGAUGUUAUGAUGUGGGAUACCAAUAACAAAAAUCAUUAAACCAUGACACAAUUUGAAAGGGAUUUCCAUUCAGUGUUACUUAGAAUGUCAUAAACAAUAAGGCCACAGCUUUUGUAUUAGUGAUAGCCAGUGCUUUGUUCCAUAUGUUAUAACCAAUCACUGUGCUAGGACUAAAUCAUAAGAGAGCUCUACUCUAUCUGUUAAGGCAGAGUGUGGGCCCAUCAAAAGGAUAGAAAGUGCAGAGAGCUGUUGUAAAUCAUAGAGUUAUAGAAUGGCUUGGGUUGGAAGGGACCUCAAGGAUCAUCAGUUUCCAACCCCCCUGCCACAGUGUCCUGGUAAUAUCAGUUUUUCAUAUCAGGACAUCAUGCAACAGGCUGUUGGGUGCAGAGGCACAGUGCACUGUGGAGCUGUACUUCCUGUUUUUUUUAGCAGUCUCACAUGAAUUCUGACUCUCCAAGAGGAAGAUACACUGAGAUGUACUAUAUUUCCCAAGAGCCUCUGCAUGAUCUCCAGUUCCAGAUGAUGAAGAUGCAGCUCUUCCAGGUUCCGACAGUGCAGCAAGCAGCAUGGUUGUAGCCUUCUUCUCUUUCCCAUUUCAGUUAUUAAUUGUAACUCUCUUUCUUAUAAUGAUCUUACAUUUUUUUACCAUUUGUUCUACAUAUGUUUUCUCUCCUUAUCUUAAUUGGGUUGUUUUUCUCUCCUAAAAGGGAGAGAUGGGGGCCUCUUUCCCUGUCACGCUUGAAAAUGCGAUACAAGACAAGUGAUAAUGACUUGCUGCAAAGGCUCUCAACAAGCAAUGAUGCAAGAUGACCCGUGAUGAUGACCUGUGAUGAUGGACAAUAACACAUGAUGACAUAAUGACAUAAGAGAUGACUCACAGCUAUGGAUGAGAACUCAUGAUGACACACAAUGACAUACAAAACCAAAAUAUGACAGUAGGUGACAACAUCCAAUGACAUACAAAGUCAACUUGCAACAAUAAAUGAGGGCAUUUGCUGACAUGCAGUGUCAAGUCAUAGACACGAAUGGCAACACAUCAUGACACUUGAUGACACGUGAUGACAUGUUACAUGUGAUAAUGUGAUGGUGACUCAUGACAGUGGAUGACAGUAAGUCAUGACACAUGGUGACACACAGUGACAACUCAGGAAGAUGGAUGGCAACACAUGAUGACACAGAUGAGUACACAUGACAAUCCAUGACAACACUUCAUGAUUAUGGAGGUCAACACGUGACCACAUGUGAUGAUACAUGACAGCAACCCACGGUAAUGGUUGAUGACAUGCAAUGAUAUGUGGUGAACCACAGUGAUGACACAAUGACAGGCAAUGACACAUCAUGACACUUGAUACCAACUCGUGAUGGAGAAGAUGAUGACAUCUGACAACAUGUGAUAAUGAUUUGCAGUGAUAGAUAACAGCAAAUCAUGACACAUGAUGACACGCAAAAUGACUUGUGAAGAUGGACAGUGACACGUGACAGUGACUCACAGUGAUGGACAAUAAUAAGUUAACUCAAUGUCAGGUGACGACACACCAUGACACAUAAUUACAAGUGACGAUGACUCACAAUUGACACAUGAUAACACAUCAUGCCACAUGAUUACAUGCAGUGACGACUAAUGAUUGAGAUGUGAUGACAAGUCAUGACAAUGACACAUGACAUCAAAUCACAACAAUGUAUCAUGGCAUCUUUUGGUGUGUCUUGACGAUGCAUGACGAUGACUCAUGAAAAUAAGUGAUGACACAUCGUGACAUGCAACAACAUGCUUUCAGGUUGCCUGGAUCGAUGAGCUGAGGCUAGUUGGAUGAGUUUUAACAAAACCAAGUGCCAAGUCCUGCUCAGGUCUUAUGGGGAGUAGCUGAGGGAACUGCAAUUGUUUAGUCUGGAGAAGAGGAGGUUCAGCGGACACCUUAUUGCUCUCUACAAUUGCCUGAAAGGAGAUUGUGGUAAGGUGGGGUUUGGCCUCUUUUCCCAGGUAACUAGUGAUAGGAGGGAAAGGGAAUGGCCGCGGAUUGCACCAGGGCAAGUUCAGUUUGGAUAUUAGGAAAAAUUUCUUCUCUGAAUGAGUGGUAAUGGUACAGGGUGCCCAGAGAGGUGGUAAAGUCACCGUCUCUGAGGUGUUCAACAAAAGUGUUGAUGUGGCACUGAGGGACGUGUUUUCAUUGGCAUGGUGGGGGAUGGGUUGAUAGUAGGACUUGGUGAUCUUAGAGGGCUUUUCCAGCCUCAAGGAUUCUAUGAUCUUAAGGAACUGACAAACUCCAUUCAGGCCUGUGUCUUUUCUUUCAUACCUGAUGUCACAUGGUGGAGCGGUUGCACCAUUUAUGUCUUCCAUCCUCUUUCUAGAGCUGCAAGAACCACGGGAACACACUCCUAACUUCUAACUCCUCAUUUUCCCUCCCUCUUUCAGAAUGUAUUAUUCCCAAAUUAUUCCUCAGAACAUUUUUGCUUUGUUUUUAGUAUUAAUGAAAUAUUCAGGCAGAGGCAGUGCUGCAACCUUAAUAGGCAGUGUUACAGCUGAGGGUUUGUAAUGCAGAAGUGCCAUUGCUUCUGCUUAAAGUUUACUAAACCCGAAGAAAGUAUGAGGAAGUAAGUUAGUUUCAUCAAUUUAAAAGAGAGGUACUCACACGUGCCCUAUUACAGAUGGCUGUUGGCACGUAGAGUGUCAGUUAAAUUCUCAAUCCUGGCAGUGAAUGGCUAGAGUGUCCACACAACCCACUACAACUGUUGCUUUCUAUAUAUACAAUCAAGAGACAAGAAGGCAUCACGUAACAGGAUAAGCAAGAAAGCAUGAAGACUUGGUUACAGCUGCAGAGCAGUUUCUCACAAGCAGGUUUCUUCUAGCCCAAUGCAGAAGCAAGAGGCAGUUUACAUAUCUUCUGAAGCUCACACAAGCCCUUUCUCAGGGGCUAGCCACCUGCUCAGGCUGUGAUCUGUGUUUUUCCCACGCAUAUGGAAGAUUUACUUAGCCUUGAGUGGGACCAAAGUGAGGACAUUUAGAAGAAUCUGGUCAACAUUGUACUGAGCAGGACUAGGGUGGGGUUCUUGUUUGUUUGCUUGUUUGUUUUGUUCUGUUUUUCUUGUCAAGGGCAGUGUCAGAAGAGGGUGUGUUUACCCCUUGUGCAGUAGGGAUACUGGCCACUUUAAAUGUGUCACAAAACUAUUACUUUCUGGAUAGCUUUUAUUGAGAGGAGGAAACAGUUUUGGUCAUGAGUACAACUGGAUUAUCAGGACAAAGCAAAAAGAUUUGGCUAUGAUCACUUCAAAGCUUAGAAGAACAUCCCCUGCAGAAAGAUGUGUAGAGUUUGUAAAUUGCAAAGAGGAGUGUGAAACCUUGACACAACUUUUGCCCCACAGAAAAUAUAAAAGGACAAGGAAGCAGUCUUUCCCAUACACAAACCCCAAAUUACCCCGAGGGCAGUUCCUUCUGUGUGGCAGUAGAGUCUGUACUUAUACUUAAGUGAACACCCUAGCUGGCCUUUGUGCAGCAGAGAGGUUAAUUAUGCUCAUGCCUCCAAAGACCUAAUUGAGAAACUAGGAUAGGAAGUUCUUAGAAAAAGAACUUGCUUGCUCAGGGAUGCAAAGUAGAAACGUGGCAUCGUUGCCAUCAGCAGUGCUCAGUGAGGAAAUGACCCAGCUUCAGGGAGAUGCUGCCUUCGAGAGCAGGGCAGCCAGAGAUUGUCUCUUGCUGAGACACACACAUGGAUGAGAGGAGUUAAAGGAACACAAGUGUCAUAAACAGAGGGUUGUGGUGAAUGGCACCAUGUGCAGCCCAGUGGCAAGCAGUGUUUCCCAGGGGUCUGUCUUGGGAGCAGUGUUUUUCAACAUCUUCAUCAAUGACAUCGAUGAUGGGUUCAUAGAAUCACACCACAGAAUCACAGAAUGGCCUCGGUUGAAAAGGACCACAAUGAUCAUUGAGUUUCAACCCCCCUGCUUUGUGCAGGGAGGCUGCAGGGAGUUUCAACCCCCCUGCUUUGUGCAGGGAGUGCCACAUCCAGCCUGGCCUUGAAUGUCUCCAGCAACGGAGCAUCCACAACCUCCUCUGGCAACCUGUUCCAGUGUGUCACCACCUUCUGAGUGAAUCCUUUGAGUGCAUCCUCAGCAAGUUUGCUGAUGGCACCAAGCUGAGUGGUGCGUUUGACAUGUUAGAAUGAAGAUCAUAGAUUCAUAUAAUCAUAGAACUGCUUGGUUGGAAAAGACUUUAAAAGAUCAUCAAGUCCAACCUCAAUCUAAACAUACUACCCUAACUCUAACAACCCACUGCUAAAUCAUGUCUGUGAUCACCACAUCCAAAUGGUCUUUAUAUUCAUUCAGGGGUGGUGACUCAACCACCUCCCUGGGGAGCCUAUUCCAGUGCUUAGCAACCCUUUCUGUAAAGAAGUGUUUCCUGAUAUCCAACCUAAACUUACCCUGGCGUAACUUGAGGCCAUUUCCCCUCAUCCUGUCACCUGUCACUAGUGAGAAGAGACCAACCCCACUCUCGCUGCAAUCACCUUUCAGGUAUUUGAAGAGAGCGAUAACAUCUACCUUCAACCUCCUCUUCCCUAAACUAAACAGCCCUGGUUCUUUAGUCGCUUCUCAACGUGUCGUCCAGAGAGACCUCAACAAACUUGAAAGUUGGGCCCAUGUGAACCUAAUGAGGUUCAUCAUAACAACCAAUAGUGGACCAUCACGAUGCUAGAAGGAUGCUUGAUGACAUCAAAGAUUGCCAAAUAGGGCUAUGUCUGUUGGGCAAUCACUGGAAGUGGAUAGGAUAAUGAAUUUGGGAAUGUAACGAAUACAUAACAAAUGUGUAAAUAUAUUCCAUUCAUAAAGGAUCAACUGGUGGAGCAUUCUUGUAGAGUUAUCCCAGUGCUACCCCAACGCUGCCAAUAAAUACCUUGCUUUGAAUUAAUUGGCGACCCAGGUGAGACAAUCUCUGCUCGGCUGCAGGACCCAUUGAGAACAGGACUCCCUGGGCACCCCUGGAUAGUUCUCUGGAGAGAAUCCUUGCCUCAACUGGAUCACUGUGGGAACAGACAAGGACCAUCUGAGGGAGAAAAAAAAAAAAAAAAAAGUUCUCUUUACUUUUAAGUUUUGGGGAACAGUCCACUGGGGGGUCACUCAUAAGUCGGUGAGGAUCGCAGGGUUGGCCAGAUUUGGAAGAACCAAUUGCAGGCAGGAGUCCUGCUGGGUCUGGGAAGCCAUCCGUAAGUAAACAGAGAUUGCAAGGUUCAUGUAUGAGCACCCAGGUAUAUACAUUUAGGCCUGACUGUUGGUUCAUGCUCUACCAGGUAUGCCUGGGUUUUGAAACUAAGGUGCUGAAACUUGGCUUUGAUAACAUGUUUUUGUUUAAUGCCUAAGGAAACUGGGAACAUAAAUAUAUUGACAGGACCAGUACUUGUAAUUGAGUGUCCUAAUUGUGAGACUAAGUGAUGGGUGUUUAUGGAAGUUGGAGAACUGUACUGGUUUGACUUGUGGCUUUUGGAGGUAGUGGGACAAACUGUUUUGGUGGUAUGUGGAAGUUUAAUUGAUGAUGUAUGGAAUUCUUGAUUUUAAUGGUAUAUGGAAGUGUAAUUGAUGGUAUAUAUGGAAUCAUGACUGAUGGUAUUGAUUUUUAAUGGUAUACAAAUCUAUAACUAAUAGUUCAUGAAGGUGUAAUUAGAUGGAAUUUGCGGUAUCUUGGAAAUAGUAAUUAUUGCAACAGUUUGCUGUUGUGUUGAGAACAAUGUAUGUUAAUGUGAACAGCAUUAAAUGGACGGCAAUGAUAUCGGUUGGUUUGCUUGGCAAUAGAGAUUAGUAGAUCAGUUUAAGAACCAAUAUAUUAGUUUUGCAAAAGGAAUCCAUAAGUGAUAGUUCUAAAACUUUCCAUUUCAGAUUGAGUGGGUGAACAGUCUUGUUUUUCCUCAAUAAUUUUACAUUAUUGAGGAACAUAAUAGAAUACUUUUAUCUUCUGCCUCAAUGAUUUUGCCUCACAAGAAGUACUGGAGUCACAAUAGAAUACUUUUAUCUUUUGCCUCAAAACGUGCAAGGACAUUUUCCUCAGGUUCCACAUUUAUGUUUUACAAAAGUGUCUCACUAUGGCCUAAUAAGCAAUGGGAAUCCUCCAAUCUGGGGAAAAGUGAAUGAAAGGGAGUCAAAGGGUUCAGUGAUGAAGCUGAUGAUGAAAAAGGGGAAGGAAAAAGGGAACUCCACCGCCCUAGAUAGCACUGAGCAUGGCCAAAGGGACAUCAGCACAUAUCUAUGUGUCCAUGAAAAGGAGUGAAUAUGUAUGGCAGUGUACUGCAUAUGCAUGUCUUAACUGUAUAAAUGUAGAAGCUGAACUCUGAGAGGUGCGCUUGCUUGUCACGACGCGCGGUGCGCAACGUGAAGAAUAAAGGAAUGCUGCUUUCUAACACUA